AUGUCUGCUCUUAAUCGCAUGUUACUUGGUCAACUUUUGUGUUCUCACUGUCAAGGAAACAGACAUAAACAGCAGUGUCACAAUUUCCAGUUGUGUCAUAUCGGAGAGAAAUGUUUUACGACAACGUACAGCAUACACGGACAGUCAAGACUGUACACUGGCUGUAUGCCUGAUUCGGACUGUUCUUCCUUAGGAUCUCAAAAGAUCGACCAGUCUGGUGAUCUUCCUCAGGGAAGUGUCAUCAUACAACAGAAAUGCUGUAAUACCGACGGUUGUAAUGGGUUACAGGGUAAUGGCAGUAGAAUAGCGUGUAUGAGCUGUUCAGAGGAUGAGAAAUAUGCUUCCCAGUGUCAACACGCUACUCUGUGUAACCCUGGGCAGGAAUGCAUGUUCUAUCAGUAUUUGGACACCAGCACCUACCAAAAGAGGAUACAUCUGAGCUGUGCUAACCAUGAAGUUUGUGAAAUCCUACGAAGUCAGCCUAUGGUGUUUGGCAAAAGAGAAGAAAUAGCCGUGAAAAAACAUUGUUGCAAUACGGAUUAUUGCAAUAUAUUCUGGGAUCAUACGUCUGUUGUGAAUUCAAACACACACACAACUCAACAAACCACAAAAACAACAACCCCAGUGAGGAUGACAACAACAAAAAAACCACUGUCAACAACAUUUACCACUCUUUCUACAACAACAACACCAGGGAUUCAUUUCAUUCCUAUAACAAAUCCCCAGACAACACAAACUCCAACCACUCCGAAAAUUUUUGUCACUUUAACCAAUCCUGUGAGCAGAACGCCCGACCAACAAAUCUCAACUAUAGAACAACACACUCCAACACUUGGACAACAUACCCAAACUGUAGAACAACACACUCCAACUGUAGAACAGCAUACCCCCACACCGGAACAACACACUCCUUCACUUCCUCACAUGCCAAUUACAACAUCCGCACAACAUAUCCCAACCACUUUUACAAAAACAACUCAACGGAAAACCGAAACAACAAAUAUCCCGACCACUUCAACUACGACAUUGCCAACAACUUCCACGGAGCCCCCAGCCAACAGAUGUUAUGGAAGUAGCAAGGACUCUAACGUUCAGACUGUCAUCGGUUGUCCAGAUGAGGCUCCAUAUUGUCUUAAUAACCUAACUAACUAUGUUGAUGGAAAAGCUGAAGUUUCUAAAGGUUGUGCAACCGCUGGUCAGUGCUACUGGAUACCACGUGAAAGUUCCUCCUUCUACUGUGACAGAUACAGCUCCUCCCACAGCUACUUUGCGGAAUUCAUGUGCUUCUACUGCUGUACUGGAGAACUAUGUAACCAUGACACCAUUGCCUCCCCGGCAAGUCCCUUCCAACCAACCGUGAUUCCACCUAACCCUAUAACCCUUCCAACAGUGCAGUCUACUGAAUGUUACGUUUGUGAUGAUUGUCAUGGCGCUGGAACUUUGUCGACGUGUACCGGAAGUACGCCAUAUUGUUUGAAUCAUUAUAGCAAUUCUCAAUGGGGCAUCUCACAUAUUACAAAAAAGUGCGGAUCCAAGCAGGAAUGUCACAGUCAGUACUAUGAAUCUACCAAAUAUAACUUGCUGUGUUCCCUCUUUAAUGAAAACAUUCGUGAAAACAUGCCGCUGGAGUGCACUUUCUGUUGUACCAGCUCGAACUGUAACGAGCACGCCAGACCUCCACCAAACACACUGUACAAGGAAUAAGACAACUAUAUGUAAAAGUUUUGAUAAUAAAGAUGGUUAUAAUGUU